CGCCUAUGUGCCGGUUUUAAAACUUUAAUGAAGAACCCACGGCUUGUAAUACAAAAGAGACAAUGAGUGCACUUCACAGUUACUACACAUGAGCUGAGCCCAUCCCAGUUGGAUUCAAACCGGUUGAAACAAACACGCGUCAAGCUCGCCAGUUUAAAACUGUUUGCACGCCAAAAGGAUUUUCACAACACAGUGCGUUAACGGUAACGAACGCCGCAACAUGGCCGCUUUGAAACCAAAAAGAGCGAUACCGAGUAGAUGCUGCUCCAGUUGGUUGAAGAUUUGGCGCGUAAUUCGGCAAGACACUCUGCUAUUCCUCAUAAUAAUCGGCGUGCUAGUCGGAUUUAUUGUCGGGGCCGCCACGAAUCCUUCCGUCAACGACAUCGUGGACCCCGAGAAGAAGGCGACGACCAUAAUGUUGAUUGGUUUCCCAGGCGAACUCUUCAUGAAUAUGUUGAAGAUGUUGAUACUGCCUCUGAUAGUGGCGAGUUUGAUUUGCGCGCUUGCCACGUUGGAUUCCAAGGCCACGGGAAAAAUCGGAAGACGCACCGUGUUGUAUUACCUCUCCACCACUCUUCUGGCAGUCAUCCUCGGCAUCGUUCUAGUGGUCAGCAUUCGACCGGGUGAAUCGGGGAACAAGCAAGCCAAGGAGCAGAAAGAAAUCACUGGUCCGCAUCGAAACUUAGAUUCAUUCCUCGAUUUGAUAAGGAGCUGUUUCCCCAAGAACAUCGUUGAGGCCACCUUCCGUCAGCAAAAUACAAAGUACAAGUCGAUUCCUGCAAAGAUCGAGUCUUACAACAAGACAGUCGAUGUGAGAGCACUUGACCCAAGGGAUAAUAUAACAGUCUACAACAAUGGCACCCACAAUUACACCACGAUCACCAAAGUGAUCUAUCCAGCUUCAGACACCAUCCCGAAUGGUCAGCGGAUAGCUAACGAGGGAGGAAUGAAUGUCCUCGGUCUGGUGAUGUUCUCAAUUGUGUUCGGGAUUGUUCUUGGAAGGAUGGGUGAGAAAGGAUUGCCUUUAAAAGCGUUUUUUGAGACUUUGAACGAAGUUGUGAUGAAGAUGGUGACUCUGGUGAUGUGGUACUCACCAAUAGGAAUUUGUAGCAUGAUCGCAGCCAAACUGGCGGCCAUGGCUGACAUCUUAGACGAACUGAAGCUCUUGGGAAUGUUUAUGGUGACAGUCAUUGUGGGGUUGAUAAUCCAUGCCCUGAUUGUGCUUCCAAUUAUUUUCUUCGCCAUAACUCGUAAGAAUCCCUACAGGUUCAUGAAGGGCCUGCGCGAGGCGAUGGUGACCGCAUUCGGUACAGACUCGAGCUCUGCUACUUUACCAAUUACCAUUCGCUGCGUUGAAGAAAAAAACGCUGUUGACCGACGUAUAAGUCGCUUCGUUUUGCCCCUUGGUGCAACAGUCAACAUGGACGGAACAGCAUUGUACGAAGGUGUCAGCGCCAUUUGGAUAGCGCAGCUGAAUCGCAUUCCACUCGCGCCGGGACAAAUUGUCACAACUGUUAUGACAGCUACUGCAGCAGCUAUCGGUGCGGCUGGAAUUCCAUCAGCUGGUCUGGUUACGAUGAUAAUUGUUCUUCAGGCUGUCAAUCUACCAACUGAGGACAUUGGACUAAUUCUUGCUAUCGACUGGUUCUUGGAUCGUUUCCGUACAUGUGUCAAUGUCAUGGGCGAUGCACUGGGCUCUGGAAUUGUGGAUCACUUGUCCCAUGAUGACAUCCUUUUCUCAGAUCAGCUGGACGCAAACGAGGAUACACCACUGAAACAUAACGGCGGCGCGCUGGACGGAGACGUUGAUGAAGAAGACGAGGAGGAUGACGACCCCAUGAAAAUGACGAGUGUUUAAAACCAAAAAAGUUACUGCACCCUUGAGUUUAAUUUCAUUACAUCAAAUGUUACAAGUAGUCUUGUUCGGUUAUGUUUAGUAUAAGGAAACGCACAACUUAGCGGUAACCGUGGCUUCAGCGAGCAUUUGUAACCCUAUUUUACGUUUCGAGUAGCAGAUUCCACUCAUAUUAGUUUACUCACUCCCCGAAACUCUUGCUAAUUGGGUAGUAUUGAAAACAUCAGAUCUAGAUGUUCUUUUCGAAUUCGAAGCGUGUGUUUGUUGACGCAGACAACUGUCCACUUCCUGUUUAUAAAAAGAAGCUAAGAGAAUCCUGAUUUUUGGAAAGCUUAUCCUCAGGCUAGUUGCCCCGUUCAGAGCAGAGGAUUCCCAGUCCCACUCCACAGUAACGCCCCAAAAGUAACAGUUCUUGAUUAUCCCCUAAGGAACCCUCCCAUUUCAUAGAGAUGACGUUUUUUUUUUAAAAAAAUUAAUUUUCCACGCAGUUAGAAUUCAUACUGGUAAUAUCACGGGCAGCAAUAGAUAUAUUGUAGUCCGUGAAUCUAUACACUAAAGAGAGUGUAACUUACGCCAGAUGGUUGGAAGAAGCCACAUUAAAGUAUAGGUUGAUCAGUAUUAAAUGCUGACAGGGGAUACGAAUAAGAGCAGCUCUACCUGGGUCACUGUUUUAUAAGCAAACAUAUUACUCGAUAGCAAAGUAAUAAAAUAAAUUUUGGACGGAUGAACCCCAAAGUUUUUAUCAGUUGUGUUCCUACAUUUAUGCGGUUGGCCUCAAUCAUUCACCAACUUGGUCAAUGAUUAGAAAGUCACGGUUGCUGAUCUUUCUUUUACAAAAGGUGUGCACAACAAAUCCGGCACUUGGGUGGGGGGAGGGGGGUGGAGGAUAUUCUUUUUGGUCUGAUCGCUCCUGAUUAGGCUUUAUAGUUGUCAAUGUUUUUGAAAUGGAGUGUAUGGAAGUUUAUUUGACAAGUUCCACUGAAUCAGCUCUUAAAAAAAUCUCUGUUUAGGUUGUUAAAGAUACUGUAGCCUACUACUGUGAUCUCAAAAGAUAGAGCUAAACAUGUCACUGCAGCUCUUGAGUGACGAGCAGCUAUAUUACUUGAAGUUUGCCUCCAUCGUGUUGAACUGACGAGUUUGCGAGUGCUAUUCGUCAAACGUUCAAGUUUAUGUGGGACAACACCUUUGGGCAUCGCCCAGGAUAUGAACUGUGGGAUGGCUCCACAGCAGUAAAGAACUUGUUUCUCGCCGAAGAGGGUGGCAAAACCAAAAUUCCCUUACACCUUUUGCAACACUUAGCCUGCUUAGCUGAUGAAUUUGUGAACGUGUUGAGUUGUCAGCGGGGCUAGUUUCUGGCCCCUAUUUUGGCCCAAAACUUAUCCAGUUCAAUGUUUUAGUGCAUUCGAAACCAUCUGUAAUCCCCACCACUAAUUUCCUUGUUUUCGCUGAAAUGUACGUCUA